GGUCAGGUUACAUCCCCAAACCACAAAGCAGCUGCCAUCAGGUGCUCGUUGGCCUGUCAAUGGUUUAAGAGUUCAGUGAGUCUCUGUGACCACCAGUGACAAAAAUCUCAUUUCGUAACCGUGUCUCGCGAGGAUAUCGUCGGUGGAUCAGUGCUGGAUGCAAGUCAUGCCAAAUUAGUCCGAGAGGAAGAGGAAUUUAUGUGGAUCAAAGCAAUGAGUGUUUGAUUUUCUUUUUGAAUUAUCAGGAGUGUAUUGCUCGUAGAAUUGAUAGGCAAUCAUGCACAGAAUGAAUGGAUCCCCCAAAAUGGGGACAAGGGUACAGUGUCCAGGGAGCCCAAAGAUGGGCAGGGAGAGGAGCAGGACUCCACCAAAUCCGAUGAAAGGGCAACCAAUGAGUAGCCCAAAGCUAGGGCGAUCAACAAAGGCGCAUAGUUUGGGGAAUAUCCAUGCCAACCAUGAACUGAGCAUUGCAGAGCCUCCGCCCCCUUUGCAGCAUGCUUCGUCAGGACCCAUUCAUGUUAGCUCACACAUUCAUGCACCACGACCGCAUAAAGCACCGAUGGUGAUGGACCCUAGUGAAACAAUGCCCCAUCCAUUAGAUAUCAAGUUAAUGUCAGGAGGCCCACCGAAGGCAGGCGAUGUGACACAUGUCGGUGCUACAAGGAUUCACAGUUUGGGGUAUGGGACAGGAAGCGAUAGCAGCAGAAGUGGUACUCCACCUCAUUGCUUUGACAAUCCUAUGGAAGACAAGGAAGAGAUGAGGCUUAGAGAGCUGGAGGAAGCAAGGGCCAGAGCAGCCCAGAUGGAGAAGACAAUGCGAUGGUGGUCAGACUGUACAGCAAACUGGAGGGAGAAGUGGGGUAAGGUUCGUGCUGAGCGUAACAAAGCUAGAGAAGAGGUCAGGCAGCUACGACUCAAGCUAGAAGCAACCAUGAAAGAAGCAAUAUCACUAAAGCGAGAGAAACAUGGACUUCUUGUAGACAAUGAACAGUUGCGCCUUAAAAUGAAACAAAGCAGUGGAGGAGACGUUGAAGCCUCCCCUCUAGACAAUGUUAACCAUGCCAGUGAUCUACCAGAGAGAGAUGUUGGUGUGAUACAGCUUCCACAGGACUUAGCACCGCCACAGGGAGUAGACUUUGUCUCGCAGCUCAUGGAGUCGCAAGAUUUGCCAUCACAGGAAGUGACCCUCUGUGACACCAUGAGUCAGACUGAUCUUCCAAUCUGCAGACCCAUGGAGAUCCAGACCUCUCCCGGAUGGGGUGCCGAUGAGACUUCAAGCACUAUAAUGGGUAAUGGCUCCUUCAUCCUGGGCGGUGGGAUCCAUGAUUUAAACCUGGACAGCAGGAGAGGAAGCCUGGGCUCCUCAUCCCAUGGCUCGAGGGAUAGCCCAAGCAGGAGAGGUAAGACCAAAGAGAUGCCAUCACCAUCGGAAGAGAAGGCUGAACAGAGGGCUUUUAUGCUGCAGAUGAAACUAGAUGAGGCUUCCAAGACCAUCCAGGUGGAGAGGCAAGAGAAGGACACCCUUCAUCAAGCCAUUAACAAGUUAGAACAAGAGGUAUCAUCUCUGAAGAUCAGAACAUCGGAUCUUCAAGAGGCAAAGGACACUGCAAUCAGGGAGGUGCAACUAUUGAAGACAUCUCAUCAGCAGGAGUUGGGUAGAAUUAUCAAUGACCUUGAAGAUGAAGCCAGCUCUAGGAAUCACAUGGAUAAGAGACUAGGGGCACUACGGAAAGAGCUUGAGAGGCUCCAGGCGGAGAAUGCAGCGGAAUGGGGCAAGAGGGAGCGUCUUGAGACUGAGAAGCUGAACUUGGAGCGGGAGAACAAGAAGCAGAGAUCCGAGAUUGAGGAUCUCAGGGAGACCAUCUCCAUCAGGAGCAAACAGACUACCAUGGAGAUGGAGAAUACUAUUAAGAACACACAGGAGGAUCUCAAAGCUAAGUCUGCGGAGCUGACGGAACUGAAGCACAGUCAUAACAAGAUGAAGAAGCUGCUAGCGGACAAACUGGCUGAGCUAGACCACACCACCACCAGAUGUCAACAGCAUGAAGAAGAUGUCAAGAAACUUAGAAUAAGAGUGGACGAACUGAAGAGGGACCUAGCUAGGAGAGAGGAUGAGGUCGAUGAAAGAAUAAACUUUGUGAAGAAAAUUCAGAGGAAUCUGGACGAGACGUUACAACAGAAUGAAAACCUCACCCUUCAAAUAGAUCAUCUACAAAACAGACUCCGUACUCAGACGUCAAAUCUUACUAUUGCCAAGAAGAGAAUGUCAACUCUGAAGAGGAAUGAUAAUAAAAGCGAUACCGAGUCCUGUUCCGACUGAUUGAGAAAUGGAUUGUACUCAAAGGAUCAUGUUUGAAUUUGCAAGAUAAUCGCUGCAUUUGAAAGUGACUCUUCUUAUCGCUAGGGAUUUGGGAUCUACCCUAUCAAACUAAAUAUCUCUAGGUAAUUUUUUUUUUUGAUCCCCAAGACAACUGGUACGUUAAAUAGCAAAUCUUAGCAAAGCCUGCUCUGAAACAGGAACCUGUGCAUUAUUUGAUUUAUUAUUUGAAUGGUGAUAGUUAUUUCUUAGAAGCAAAUCCUCAGGGGUGGAUACAUGCAGCAGUCAUUAAGCACCGUGAAAAGUGAAAGUCUGGACUAAGUUUUCAGCAGUUAUUACACUCAGCGUCAUUUCCUUACUAUUCUCGUUUCAGUAUUGUAAACAUCAAUUAGGAAUGAAGGACAGCCACUCUGAUAUAUGCUAAGCCAGAUUUCUGCCUGGAAGCCAUUGCAGAGAUAGUAUUGCUUUCAUUUCGAUUUGCAUUCAAUUAUGACAAGUGUCAUGUUUGUAAUCAAUUAAGUUCUCUCUUUUGCUAGUCAGUUUAAAAGAAACUAGACUGCAAGUAAACGAUGAUUAGAAACUCAAUGGUGUUUAGUCUUUUGAAUGUGUUUUUUUAUCCUUUCGAUUUCUGUUGAAGGAAGGUAAUUAUCUAGUACAAACAAUGACUUUCAGUAUCAAACAUUCUUUUAUUAAAUGUUAAAGCAGAUGUAUUCAUUCAUGAAUUGGCUUGAAUUGAAUCUUGUGCAAUAGGAGGGGGGCUUCAGCCCCCUCCCCCUUCACUUUUUUUCAAAAUCGUGUACAAAAACGUAAAAAUUACCAUCUGAUUUUGAUUUUUUGCGUGGUCAGUACCCCCCCCCCACUUUCAAAUCCUUUUCGUAGCCCCUUUUGUGUUUGAAAGGAUUCUUGUUUCUUUGUCUACAAAUUGUGUAAGUGAAAUGUUAGUUUCAAGUUUCCACUCACAACUCCCGUCCCUUCUGACCAAACAGAUUCCAGUUUCACAUUCCACACUUUUCUGGGAUACAUUUCCAUGUUACAGUUUAUACAAUUUUGUUUCUGUUGAAAGAAAUAUGAGUAGAACUAUCUAUUGAGAUAAGGUAACAUCAGCAAUCUGAUGUAAGGUUAUCAGUCUGGAUAUGUUCAUCAAUUUUAGAUGUUUGUGUUAUUUUUGUUUUGCCUUUAAUUAAAGUGGUGACAAUUCAUAACAGGAGACAUUGUAGAAUAGUGUUUGUCUUCUGAAUCAAUAUAAUCUACAUGUAUGAUACUAUAGCAAACUUGGAAUGUGAUAUAAUUGAGUGCAAAUACCCUUGAAGAAUUCAAAUUAUUUUCUUUGAUAUUCCGCAUACUAAAAAUCUUGCUAUAGGAUAGGUCAGAAGUCAGUCACGUGAUAAAGGAUAGUUUGCCCAUCAAUCAUCACUCACAGUGAUGGAACUUUUGUGUUUCGCUGAUUACUUCAGCCCAUAGGCACAUAACAUGUUUAAAUUAGUUGGAGUACUCGCGAAAUUAAGAGGUCGUUGCCCCUCAAUUUUUUUUUGGUCCAUCAUUCUCCAUCACAUGCAUUGACGAUCGCGCAAGAUCUAGAUGUUCACGCACUGUGUACAUACGCGCUAGUAGUAAAACUUUGCGCAAAAUAAAAUAAUUUCAGGUGACGAGGCAAACUAUCACUUCCUUGGCAAGCUGGAUGUACACGCUAUCUUUUUUUAGCUUCGCUUCGGAAAGAUCGCUACAUCUGUUUGCCUCGAAUGAUAGUUUACCCAUCACCUUCACCAACGAUGAUUAUUUGAUUUAUUUUUUAUUGAGGGGUAACUCUUACAGUUCACCCAGAUAUGCAUUAUAAUCAUGUGUUUCAUGGUUAAUUCAUUCUAUAGCAAUUGUUUUUGUGCUAAAUAUGUGAACUGUGCUUAUUUUUUUUCCUCUCAGUGUAUGCAUUCUUGAAACUGUCAGAUGAUGUGUAGUGUUGAAUGAAUAAUGUCACUCUUCAGCGUAGUCGGAUGCAAGUUAAUAUACCUUGAAGCUAGUUAUUAAAUCUUUAAUGUAGUGACCAUUAGUGCAGUAGAAGUGGUGUAGUCAACCAUUAACCAUUUUUACUCAUUAACUAAGUAAUUGGUGUGCACUGCUCAUAUUGGCAUCAAUUUAUCUUCUUUUUUCUGUACCCAUUCAGUUCGAAACGAGCCAAUAUAGAAAACCAACUUGAAAGUAGGUUACUUAGCUUUUCUUAGAACAUUUUAUGAAUGAAUAUAGGGAUUUUGUUCUUCACGCUAUGUGGCAAGUUUAGAAAUUACAAUUCUGAAUUAAGAUUUAAUAUCUAUAAAACUGGAGAACAGAAAUAUUACCCACAAAUGAUGUUGUGUUGCUGUUAACUAAGGUACAAUAGUUAGAAUGUCAACCAUUAAUAAGAUGUAUUUCACUAAGCAUCUCCUAACAACAUUUUUAAAUGGAAAUCAUUCUUGGAAGAAACAAACAUGGUUAUGGUUUGGUAAGUGCACUUGAAUAUUAAAAAUUGUAAUUUACAAUAUCUUGGAAUCACUAAAUUGGGGUAUCGUAAUUGCUACUGCUUUUAUCUAAGCCGGGUUUGUCUAAGCGCAGUUACAACUGAUGGUAAUUAAUUGUACCGUCAUGAAUGACCUCAUGGAUGGUUUAAUUUGAUUGGUUGUUUUGCUAGUGAUAUACCAUGAUAGAUUAAUUUAUUGCAUUGUUGUUCAUGGUUUUAUCAGGUCUUUUAUUUAAAGAAAUAUAUAAACAAAAUGAGUCAAUUCUUAGAAUAGCUAAUAAGGUUGACAAUUAGAGUUGCCUUAUAAUUGUAAAGUUCUAAAACAUUAGAUUCCUAGUCUGUAAAUAUCUUAUUUUUACCUUAAACCAUGCCAAAAUCUGCCAAACUAAAGCAUUUUAAAAUGUGACAUGAUCAUGAUCAAAGUCUGAAUAAAAAUACCAUGGCUGUAGGCUAGCGUUGUGUGCACAGAGGAAAUGCCAUUUUAAAUACAUGGAAAAAAAGUAGAAAUUAUUUGAUGGGCUUUAUAGGAAAUCUCUACAUACAUGUCUGAAAUGGAAUUGUUUUUUAUCUGAGCUGACUUUGUGGAAAUAUAUUUGUAUGAUUGCUGAACGAUAUCGUAAUCAUCAAUCGUCUGUCUUGAAAGGAAUUAGAUUUCUUGUAUAUUAUACCUGUGAAACAAAUAAGAGAAAAUAGUCAUAAUGUGUAAUUUUAUCGUGGAUAUGUGUAUUUAUAGCAAGGCUAAGAGGGCUAGUAUUCAUUAUUGACAGAUUCAUAUCACAUAUGACAUAUUGUAUAAUAGAACAUAUCAUAUUACCAUGUGCAUAGGCUAUUUGUAUGAUUAGCUGUAUAUUAAAAGGAGAAAGUUGUCUAGUUUUGUGAUACAUUGUAGAUAUAUUGUACAUUUCAUGAAUUGUUCUGUCUGCCUGUCUACUUGUCUCCUUGUCUGUCUCUGUCCUUUUGUCCAUUAUCUUUGUUUUUAAUUCCCAACUGCUCCAUUUACUUAUAUUUCAUUAUAAAAUAUCAUAUAUACAAUUUUACAGCUCAUGUCUGCAUUUAGAUUUAGAUAUUCAUCUUUCUCUUGUCUUUCGAAGCAUGUCAACAUUUAUUGAUAUGCCCUGUAUUUAGAUUUGAGUCUUCUUACUUUUCAUGAGUAUAAUGUUUAUCUAUUUAUUUAUUUAACUUCACAGCAUUUGUGUAUUGAUUUUGUAUUACGCAUAUACCACCAAUGAUGAUGAAUUCAUGACUAUUUAUUUUACCAUAUUUUGUGUUUAUAUUAUUUUACUACUGAGUAACAAAUUGAUCAUGCUUUAAAAUGUAAUUAUUCCACAACAUGAGUAUAAUGUUCAGAUGAAAGAUGAUGCAAUGACAUUUGGCAGAUGAUAAUUGCUUGGAACAACAUAUUCUUUUUAAAUUGCUCCUACGGCCAAAUCUCUCUUGGUAUAGGCAUUUGUCAUAUCACGAGGAGCAGUCGUCCUGAAACAUGAUAUGGUGUUCAACCCUAUAAAAGGAGGUUCUCUUGCUUACUGGUAGGCUACAUUGUGAUGUAAUAUGGAUAGUUUUGAACUCUGGGUACUCCGGGUUCAGUUCCAGAUUGAAUCUGUUAUAUCACUUAGUCAAAUGAAACACUAGACUUCAAUUACUUUGUUCCAAAGAAAAACCCAAGUUAUUUCUUACUUACUUUCUUCUUUUUUUGUUUGUUGAUUUUAUCAUUUCACUACAUAAUUGAAUUUUAUAUACCAUGGAUAUAAAUAUUCUAAAAAUAUAUGUACAUGGAUUAAUUUGUUGAAUUUGCUUAAGGGAGGAUGCUCAUUGGAGCCUCAAUGAUUUUUCAAGGACAUCAUUUAGUUAGAGUAUGCUCCAAAUUUUCCUGAAAUGUUGGCUUUGUUUUGGACCCCCACCUCUUCUGCUGAAUGCAUGCAAGAGUUGUUUCCAUCCCUAAUCUUUGCAUUUUUUUUUAAACAUUCUUUGCAACUAAUUGCUUUGAUAAAUGCCUAUUUCAUAAUUUGAAAUGUGUUGGAUUAUUGGAUAUGUACCUUGAAAAUAAUGUAUUCUCUCUUUUCACCCACCUUGACAAUUAUGUGUGAUAGAAUUCACUAGUCAGUAAUAGUGAGAUAAUGUAAAACAUGGGACCUUUCAGUUAGAACCAAUGGUCCAUACAUGAUUUGUUAUCUUUAGCCACUAGUUAUUUUUCAAGGAAUUUCACACUGACCAGGUAAUACUUUUAAAUGCAUUCUUUAGUAGAAAAUCAUAUUUUUAUAAAAGAAGUUUCAAGAUGUUUAAAAAAAAAGGCUUAAAUAAACUUGGUACUGAGUGUUACUUGUAUCGAGAGACAAUUCUUUUUUUUGUUUUCAUUCAAAUUUACAGUUUAUUUUAAGGUAUUCACUUUGUAUCGUAGAUCAUGGCACGAGCAGUAUUCUUUAUUCCUUAUGACAAAACAAAUGUAUUCUCUUUUCCUUUUGUGUCUGUGUAGUUCUUCAAGCAAGAAUGAUCAUGAAUAAUAUGCCAUGAAGUAUAGCAUGAGACAAGGAUUGGAAUAGACAUAAUUUAUAUGAGAGAUUGGAUGGCUGAUUUAUGUGUCUGGUAUGACAAUGUUGUACAGUCUUGAUAUGAUGAAUAAUGGUAUCAUGUUCAAUCAUAAUAAAUGAGAUUGUAUAAAAAGAAA